CAAAAACAAAGGGAUAACGUGGAUGCAAAGUCUGUAGGAGGAUUGAAGGCUUCACUUAAAGUAUUUUACUGACAAAGAAAGAAACCAUGUUCCUUUUCAAACCGUUGAUCUUACUUUUCUCACUUAUUGUGUGCUCCGUUCAGGCUGUUCACUUUGACAUUCCAGCCGAGUCGAAUCCCCAAGCUUUUUGCUUACGUGAAUAUGCUGGAGAAAAAACACUAAUGAUUGUUUCAGUGAGAACAAGCGGUAACCGUGGAGAUGGGCAAAAGCUUAGCAUGGAAAUCAAAGACUCCCAGGGCACUAUUCAUUCAAGUGUUCAAAAUUUAAUUGACGAAGAGCGUAUUGUUUCCGAAGUAUCUGGACCUACUGUAAUUGAUAUUUGUUUCAUGAAUACUUUGACACCGGGUGCUAUGGAAUCUAACCACAAAAAACGAUCUGUUAAGUUAGACUUCAAUAUUGGAGCUGAUGCUCAAGAUUACUCUGCUUUACAAAAAGCCUAUAACCUGGAGCCAGUUGAAGCUGAUCUUCAGCGCGCUAAGGACUUUAUUAACGAGGUAAAAGGAAAGAUGUACUACUUACAAACACGUGAAACUAAAUUUCGCAAUACGAAUGAAAGUACGAACGAACGUGUCAAAAACUUUGCUUACUUUACAUUCAUUACCUUGAUCGUAUUGGUUACUUGGCAGAUUCUUUAUCUUCGUUCUUUCUUCCAAAGAAAGCAUCUUAUCCCCUAAAAAGCCUGCUCUUGAAUCAUAUAUGUAAAUUGUGGUGCUGGAAUGGUAUGUAUACAUUCUUAAAACCAUGCUUAUGCUCCCUCUAUUAUUUUAUUUCAAUGCCUAGAGAUGGAUUGAUUUGUCAUGACACUGUGUAUUACAGGGAUUCAAAUAUACAACGAUUCUUUUUUUUCUCUCGUAUUUCUAUUAUAAAAUAUACUACACUACAUAUAGGAUAAGCAAAGUAUGAUUCAAGGCAUGUAAAAUUACUAUUCAUAAAUUAAAGAU